AUGUAUUCACAUAUUGAGGUCCCCGGGAGCUCCGUGACAGCAGUCCACUGCAAAGCCCAAUCAGACCUACCAAUUGUCGACCGCCUCCUCGAGCCCCAAACAGUCGCUUCUUUCCUCGGUUUCGCCUUUGGCAACCCCCUCCUAAACGGAACCCAACCCGACCCAUCCAUAACCCGCCUAACCUCCGACGAAUUCCCCCUCAUCCAACAAAACUUCCCCCCAGGCUCAACUGACCUUUCCAUCCUCGACCGCGUCACAUCCCGCAUCGGCUCCGAACACGAUAGCACCCGACUCUGCCUCGUCGGCAAGAAUAUCCAUUCUCUGAAAUCCCGCUUAUGGGAGGGUAUAAUUCCACUAUGCGAUCAACGCUGGAAAGAAAAAGGCCUAGACGACCUGGAUAAAUUCGACUAUGCUUGUCACCAUCUUUCCGCUGUCGUCGCUGUCUUCGAGUACCUGAAUGCACCUGUUGUGCGAAAAUAUCUUCGUGAAACCUUUAACCAUAUCUACGACCACUGGGCUAGUGCGGAUGUGCUGCUGAAUGCGCGCAGAGCACAGAAUGGUCUGCCUGAGAUUUCUCUCGCGAGGUUAUGGACCAUGUACAUGUCUGUUCACUUUGAGGUUAUGGAGCACCGCGCGCAUGGCUGGGUGAGUGGACGGGUUGAGAUGCUGCGUGCGACGCAGUUGCAGGGAUUAAGAGAUCAUCAACUGCCUGCUGGAGUUGUGGCUCCGGAUCGGUUGCAGUGGACGUUUAUGGAUAAUUUGCAUGUGCUGUUGGAGAUUGCCAUUAAGGCGGAUUAUAUGGUUAUGAUUCCUAUGGAGGGGUAUAAGGGCUAUGCGGAGCUUUAUCCUGAGCAUCGGUGGGAUGCGAGUGAGGGAGAUUUACAUGUUGCAGAUUGCGAGAGACGGGGGAAGGCUUAUGCGGAAAAAUUCAAGGCGCGGAGUCAUCAGAUUAUGUUUGAAAAUAUGAUGCCAUGGAAUGAUGAUGGUCGUGGGGAGAGGUCGGCUGGGGAGGGGUAUCGGCAGUCGGCUGUUGCGCAGGUUGAGGCUCAGGAUGAGGUGAGGAAGGAGAUGAGGGGAAUAAUGGGGCAUUUGCCGAGGGAGCCUUGGAUUACUUCUUGUCUUCCGGGUGAGAUGAAGAAAACGUCCGAGUUUGGCCUGACGAUCUAUCGGUUGACGUAUGGGCAGUCGGAGGCUGAAUGGACGGACUUUGUUCAAAAGCUCGAGGCGCAUAUUUCCGACUGGGGAGAUGGACAAACGGGCUCUGAUCUUCUCAAGCCGCACUUGCAUCUUUGCUGGGUGGAUGGAAAGGAACAUGAUAUUGCAGAAGGCGAUAUCGAAGCGGCUAAAGGACACUUCAAUAAGACAAACGAAGAGAUCAGUGCAAAUCAAAAUAUGAAGAUGCAAGACAACGUCUUUCUCGCCGUGGACUCAGAUUCAUUCGCCUCAUACACCACAAAAUCCUACCGCGCCGCAACGUGCCUAGUCAUGGCUGGCGACUUUAGCGGUUUCGUUCUCGCAGUUGACCCAAAAUUCGACGCAAAGGAGGGCAUCGAACGACCCGACGAAUCGCCCGGUUACACUGGUCAGAUGCGAAUUCUCGGAAGUCUCGUCUGGGGUGAUCUCUAUGCUCAUUUCAAAUCCCAAUGUGCUUUACUUGAAGAUCUCUGGCCCCUGGCAAUUGACCACCCGAACCAGGUCUACGUUGGAGCAAUCACACCGUUGCAGGUCUACGCGUGGAGAAAGCAGAACGCGGCGCGUUGGAUUAUCCUGCGAGAAGUGGUGGAGUAUGCAAAGCGCAAGAUGGGAGGAACACCAACAUCUGAAUCCGAUGCACCGGCGUCUACAUCGACGGCGGUACCACAGGCGACGCCAACACAAGCAACUGGAUGCUCCGGACCUGAUCAGACCCCAGAGCUGGAUCCUGUGAGUGAAGGGAUACGUCAAUAUAUGCUUCAAAACUUCCAGCACUUUUUACGCCAACGUGGUGCAGAUCGUGAGGCGGCCGUGGUUGAUACAAUGUUGCCCCCGCCUGGCAGAAGGACGGACGCUUCUCAGCUGGGACAGCUUUUGAUUACCGAUAUGCAGAGACUAAGGCGACAGCAGGGUGGAGUAGAUGGGAAUGCUGAGGACGAAGAUGAUGACAUACCGCUACAGUGUCCUCCACAGUAG